CCCCCUCACAAUCCAAGAUGCUCUCCAUGCCUGCGACAGAAUGGGAAUGCAAUAUCUUUGGGUUGAUCAGCUUUGUAUCAAUCAAAGUGAUGAAAAUGAAAAGUCGGAUCAGAUUAACCAAAUGGAUCGUAUUUACGCAUGGGCCGUAUACACAUUAGUUGCGUUGGCAGGCAAGGAUUCAAAUUAUGGGCUACCCGGAGUGACCAGACCUCGCUCCUGGGCGCAUAGCAUCGUUACGUGGUCCACGAGAGGAUGGACCCUUCAAGAAGCUAUGCUUUCUCCACGACUUCUUUAUUUUACUGAAUAUGGCAUUUACUAUGUCUAUCCAGGUCCAGGAGUUAAGUUCGAGUCCAAGGCGCCCUGCGAACCCGUCACUAGAUAUAACUUUCCGACGUUAGACAAGCAUUGGACUGUAGUGGAACAGUACACGACUCGAAAUUUGACUUUUCCCUCAGACGCUCUAUGUGCCAUCUCUGCAGUCUUACGCACAAUGCAUGGAGAUGAUGGCAUCUAUCAUGGGUUACCAAUUUCCCAGAUGGAUCAAGCUGUUGUCUGGUUGCCCACAGGAAAAGGUUCAAAUGCCAAGAGAGACGGGUUCCCCUCUUGGUCAUAUAAUGCAAUUAAUAUAGCAAUGACCUGGUUGAAAGGCUGCAUAUCAAGUGGUUUCCCCGUUGACCCAAAGCUCAGCACUUCGACUAUUGAUACCCUGACUGCUAAAUGGCCUACGUAUGACGCGUUCUGGGAGGAUGCCUUUGGUGGAUUCGCGAACGAUAACAUCGAACUCAUGGAACAUUGCGAACUGGCUCCUGGCCAUAUCCUGGUCUAUGGUCAGAUUGCACAGUUUUCAUUGGAUGAUUCCCAGUUUGGUGAAAAGCGUGACAUGUUCAUUGUCCGGUCACGGAAGGGAGUACCUUCUGGUGCCCUUUGGAUACCCGCAUAUAACCAAAGAGCCUCUAUGAAUACAGCUGGAAAAUUCAUUGCAUUAUCAGUGGCAGAUGGGUCUAUUUUUGACGGUGCAACAGCUUUGGCUUUUGAGAAAAGAUACAAAGAGAACCCUGACCUGGACUAUGACGAGCUAAUAUACCCGUACAGCACUCAAGAAAUUCUUCCCGUAUUGAAUGUGAUGAUUAUUGAAAGGAACCUGGACUCUAAUAUCGCUCGCCGUCUUGGGGUAGGAACGAUAUUUCUUAAGGAAUGGGCGGACGCAGAUCGAGAGUUCAGGACUAUCAUUCUUGAAUGAAAGAUGCCGUCCUUCUUUUGUAGCUGAGAGACAUAACUGGCAAAGCCCUUGAAUAAAGAUGUUGAACUCUACGUGAUAGGGUUGCAAAUGAGA